UCGGCGAGACCGUCGGCACUGAGGGAGCGACGGCCUUCCGGCCCGCGCGCGCUGCGCUCUCCGCCCCUCCGGCCCCGCCCGUCGGCCGCGCCGCGUCAUGCCAGGCGCUGCUGGGUGCUAGUGCCCGGGCCGCCGCCCUCCCGCCCGCCUGAAACCGCGCCCACUGCCCAGAGCCAGAGGGAUGGUGGUAGUCACGGGGCGGGAGCCAGACAGCCGUCGCCCGGACGGUGCCAUGUCCAGCUCCGACGCCGAAGACGACUUUCUGGAGCCGGCCACCCCGACAGCCACGCAGGCGGGGCACGCACUGCCUCUCCUGCCGCAGGAGUUCCCUGAGGUUGUCCCCCUUAACAUCGGAGGGGCUCACUUCACCACACGCCUGUCCACCCUGCGGCGCUACGAGGACACCAUGCUGGCGGCCAUGUUCAGCGGGCGGCACUACAUCCCCACAGAUGCCGAGGGCCGCUACUUCAUUGAUCGGGAUGGUGCGCACUUCGGAGAUGUGCUGAAUUUCCUGCGCUCGGGGGACCUGCCGCCCCGGGAGCGCGUGCGGGCCGUGUACAAAGAGGCCCAGUACUAUGCCAUCGGGCCCCUCCUGGAGCAGCUGGAGAACAUGCAGCCACUGAAGGGGGAGAAAGUGCGCCAGGCGUUUCUGGGACUCAUGCCCUAUUACAAAGACCAUUUGGAGCGGAUUGUGGAGAUUGCCCGGCUGCGCGCCGUCCAGCGGAAGGCCCGCUUUGCCAAGCUCAAGGUCUGUGUCUUCAAGGAGGAGAUGCCCAUCACCCCCUACGAGUGUCCGCUUCUCAGCUCCCUGCGCUUUGAACGGAGCGAGAGUGACGGGCAGCUCUUUGAGCACCACUGCGAAGUGGAUGUGUCUUUCGGGCCCUGGGAGGCCGUGGCUGACGUUUAUGACCUGCUGCACUGCCUGGUCACGGACCUCUCAGCCCAGGGCCUCACCGUGGACCACCAGUGCAUCGGGGUGUGUGACAAGCACCUCAUCAACCACUACUACUGCAAGCGCCCCAUCUAUGAGUUCAAGAUCACGUGGUGGUGAGUAGCCCUGGCAGGGAGCAGAGUCCUGUCAGGGAGGGUGUCUGUUCCCCUUGUCGGCUCUGGGAGCAAGGUCCCUGGAAGGGCUGCUCGCUGCCCCAGAACCUGCUGAGGUGAGGACGGGUCCUGAGGCACAACUCCAGGCAGACGGAGGUGCAGCCCCAGUCUCCUUGGCUGUACCUCGGGGCCAGGUUCAGGGCUGGUGGCCCACGGGGACUUGGUGCCUGUGCUCACCUGGCCUUUCCUCGAGGCACGGUAGUCUCUGCCUGAGGCUGAUGGGGUCCGGCUAGCGAGGGCUUGACCAGGAAGUCCAGAGAGGUUUUGUCACUUUCUUGACCUUGCAAGAGAGUUUCUGCCCUUUUUAGAGCCACGUUACCAAACUCACGUAGGCAUAACCCCUCCUCCACCCUGUUCAAGAGUCCCUUCCUUAUGCUCAGUGUAUCGGUAUGAACGUGGAACAUGAUGGGGGCUUAACCCAAGGAGCCCCCCAGAGCCCCUGGCUGAAGAAGGAACAUUUUCCCUCCCUCUUGCCUCAACAGUAGCCCCACGCUUUGUUUUAGGAUGUGGAAAGACUCUUUUCCUCCCAAAACAUACUCUUCACCACCUUUUGGAGAUGUAACCAUAGUUGCCAAAGCCAUGCACCAGGUUGGCCUUAGAAAAGCACAAUGUUUACAGCCCUGCCUCAGGGCCUUGGCUUCUCCUACCUUCCACUAACCUUCCUUGCUUGAAGGGUUAUCUUCUCACGGGGCUGGAAUGCACAUUUCAGGGACUCCUUUUGAAGAUUCCCUAAGUCAAGCAGGCAAGAUGCCUAGAUCUUGUGUUAUCUUUGAGGUGUAACAUCCUUUCUAGAGGCGCAGAAUACACCCUUGGCUGCUGUUCCAUGUUAGGAUCCAAUUUGUGGUGACCCUCCCUGGAUGGGAACCCCUGUUGCUUUUUCCUGCCAACGUUCUCCUUCUCAGAGAUUGUCUGUCUUGGGGAAGGAAAGAGAGGGCCGGAGGAGAGGCGCAGCUAUCGCAAGAGCUGUGGGAAGACAGCAGCAGACCUCUGUUAUGUUUGCCUCUGCACAAUUCAGAGAGAAAAAGAUCCACCAGCUUCUGUUCCACUGCAUUUCCUUCUCGUGCUGUCUGUAGCCUGGGGCAGCCAGUCGGGAUGUGGGCCUGUGCCCCCUGGAGGAAAUGCUGUGCAGCACUGGUCACUGGAAAGGGGACAUUCCCUUGCUGCGUGCAGGGCUUCUCCCUGUAAUCGUGAUUGAACUUGACUGCUCCUGGGUGGUGUUGUAGGGAGAUUUUUUUUCUGUCAGCCUCAUCGGUCUCAGUCUUACAAGACCAGAUUGGCGAGGAGGGUAGUGGGGGAGCUGAGGAAGAGAAGGCCAAGCCCUGGGACCUUGGCUGAAUUCCUUCACGGGGCAGUGACCCCUUGGCCCCUGUAUGGGAAGAUUCCAGGGCAUGGUCCCCCGCUCUUACACUGUAUUCUUAUGUGCGUGGAGCAGGCGUCCAGGCUGACAUCUAAGGGGACGGUCCAGUCAGUGGUUCAGGUUCCAAGAUAACAUGUUCUCUCCUUGUUCUCAUCCGCAAACGGCUUGUCACUUUUCUGGAGCUGGUGUCCCUGCUUAGACCUUACCCGACAGCACGGCUCUUGCCUUGUCCUCAGAGAAGGGUCUUUCAUUUAAGUUGCCCAGAUCGGCAAAUAGAUUGAACGCUAAUACAGGUUCGUUUUUUGACAGACACUGAGGCAGGCUCUUCAGGAGGGAGCCAGUGUGAGGAGAGAGCAGAUGGGUAAGCCCAGUGCCCGCAGUGAUCCAACCUCGGCCCCUUCUCUUGCCCUCCCCGGCCCAGAGCAUCACAGCACUCGGCUAUUGAGGGUCCAUAAACAUAAGACAGGGAGGGACUGGUUCACGCAAGCUCAAGUCAGCUCAAAAUCAGGCCCUGAAGACUUGCUUGGGGCUUCAGGGACGCUGGAUAGGAACGCUGUCCCUGCGCCUCUUGCUGGAGCCCCUCCGUUCCUCUGCCCCCAUGUUGUCCUCGCGGAGGUACUCUGUGCUGUCGUUGGGGGACAGGGCUGUGGCCAAUAGCCCAGGCAGAGCAGGGACACCGGCAGCCAGCUUAGAGCUCCUUCUAAAUGGAGUAAAAGAAUUUGGUGGCCCUGUUUGGCCAUUGUCUGUUGAGAAGCCAAGGCCAGGCUGCGAAGCGCUCUUGGAUGUAGGGGGUUUGUGGUGAUUGCCUACAAAUAAAGGUCAUCUCUGAGGAAGUGACUUCUCCUAGUCGGGUCCCUUUUCACCUGUCAGCGGCCAAGCCCAGAGCAUAAGAAGCGUUGGGUAAGGUAGGAGGGCUCCAAAGGAUGGCUGCUUCUCCCAGAUUGAAAGGAAGUCUGUCUUCAUGGAAUUCUUGUGUGUAACGUCCUUGGGUCAAACCAAGGGGCCUGCCUUUGGAGCUUCCCUUAUGUUUGACUUCGGGUACCUUUUCUCCCAGGUGAUCCAUUCACUUGUUGGGAAGGUGAAAGUUAUAGGAAAUAGGACCGCAUGGUGCAAUGCUAUCUGCAAUUCAGUAAGAAUGACAAACUUAACUGCAACUAAGUUUGAAAAGAUUGAAACAAAACCACAGUGAAACCCAGCACACCAUCCCAGGUGGGGGAAUUCUUUGGGUAACGCUCUAAAUAGAAGACAUAGAGGAAUCGUCACCAUCCUUAUUCUACCUCUGGUGAAUUCACCAGGCUGUCCAGUGCUUAUCACAUGGAAAGCAGCCGACUGUGCUCUGAAAAUUUCUGUUCUUUCUCGCUGGGGCUUGGGAUAUUCUGGGAGCUGUCUGAGCCUUGUGCCUCAGGCUGCUCAGGUGAUAUAAUCUUCCUGUUCUGGAUUGCUCAUUGGAGGACUAGGAAAUUGAUAUCUGCAAGUCAUAGAGUGGGGUGAGCCUCACUGUGUGAUCUUGGUCUAAGCUGGAUCCUGAAAUGGUUAAGACAAAUAACAACAACAAAACAAAAACCACUCACACUGAUAAUUUUGAUCCCAGUUAGAAUUUCAGAUAUCAUUCUUCUGCAUACCUUCUGUCUGUAUUUGAUUGUGCUACAAGUGAUUAAGCUUUCUCGGGUACCAUUUCGCUGGGGCUCUUUCAUGAAGGUGGCGCCUGCCUCGUGAUCCUUAAAAGAGGGAGGCUUUAUUCAUCAGAAGCCAGAGUGUUGGGAACUGGGGUGGGAGAGGCACUUUUUGGAAUUCUGGAAGAAGCAUACAUGUAUACAUAUGUUAAUUGGAGGAAGGGUGGGCUGGCAGAGGGUCAGAGGAGGUGGGAACAGAGACGGGGAGGAGGGAUAGGCAGUUGCCUCUGGGAGUGGGAGGUCACGGGGUCGGUCGUCUUCCUUCUGUACAGUGUGGGCUUUGUGUACACAAUAUAACACUGCCUGUGUUCGUUCAUUUCCUGUCUGUGAGCGCUUUGGUGCAUGGAGCCUCAGUACCCUCACCUGGCAUUAAAGUCAAGAAUUAGAA